GCUGCGAUCCCCGUCGCCCGCAAUCCCCGGAGGGGACGCGCCGGUGCCGGAGCUGGCGGCCAUCUUCCGGGUGAUGGUGGACCUCCUCGGCGACCCGGCGUGGCCGCAGCUCCACCCGCGGCCCUGCACCGACACGCCGUGGCCGGGCCUGCAGUGCGAGCUCGCGCCCGACGACGCGUGUGUGCUCCGCGCCAACCGCCUCCACCUGGGCCUCGACGUCGCCACCCCGCCCUGUAGGCCUAGGGCUAGGCUCGACCCCACCUCGCUGCGCGGCCUGCUGCACCUCCGGACGCAAUCCAUCUUCGGCUGCUUCGGCGCCGCCCAGGCCCCCGUCGAGCUGUCGCCCGCGCUGUUCACGUCGUAGCAGAUCGUGCUCAAGUCCAACCCUGGCCUCACCGACCCCAUACCGGCGACGUUGGUUCUUAUUUUGGUAAAUAUUGUGUUAUACACACCGAUGGUUACCAAUUGAGUGAUAAAUAUUGUGUUAUCUAAAUAAUCUGCAAAGAGGGUCUUUACUAUGAGGUUAGGGAAGAAUGACAACUACUACUAUACUAGCAGUGCCUGUUUUACUCUGCAGGUAUCCAGAGUAGUGUUUGAAUCAGCGCGAUCGGUUAGUUUUGACUACUACUACUACUACUCUGCCAUUUACUAGAGCUUCUUGUUGUAUACAGUGUAUGGUUCUUAUUUUGGUAGCAAGACUGUAAUUUGAGAAAGCUUAUAAAGCAGCAGUAAGACAUGCCUUUGGUUGAUUAUUCUUUGUGUUUGUAAGUUCGCUAUCAAGAUGGUUCUUUGCAUUUGUU